AUGACCGACCUCCCCUACGACUACACAAGUUGGCAAUUCCUCGAUGGGAUCGGACAAGCAUCGCCGUUGCAACAGGAACUACAGACCGAGGAAGCCUUGAGCCUUGCCUUUGAGUUGUCUUCUCAUGGUCGCGGCGAGAGCGACUUUGCGUUGCUCAGCUCGGAUAAUUGUCUGCCUUACGGGCAAACUUCGGCAAAGGCAGCAACAGCAGCAGCAACAGGGAUUAUGCACGCGCAACCGCAUUCACCGCCAAUUGAGAUGGGAAUGGGAAUGGGAAUGGGAAUGGGAAUGGAUAUGGAGAUGGAGAUGGAGAUGUUUGCUCAGGGCAUGGAAUUCAUUUCAGUACCUCCCUUCCCCGAUCUCACUCUCGGCCACGGGAAAAAGACCCCCGACGAUCUAUCCCUCCUCCGCUCCACAUCCCACGACGCAACACAACGAGCGUUGUUUAUGACUCCAUCCGGCAUCACCUCCCCUUCUUCAUCCUCAUUUUCAUCAACAUCGUCCUCGUCAAACCGGAACUCCUCCUCCCCAUCGCUAGAUCCCUGCACCCCCAGCACAACAAGUUCUACAAGCAAGGAAGACGAAGACUGCGACUGGGACUGCGACCGCGACCUGGAUCCCUCGCUCGGCAUGGGCAUGGGCAUGGGCCUGGGCAUGGGCCUGGGCAUGGGCCUGGGCAUGCAUUUCUACAAAUUGCCCGAUAGGCUCGACUCCUUCCCCCGCCCGCCCCGCCUGCAUCGUCCUCACCACCACACUACUCAACCUUACACCCACCGGGUAAACCACCGCGCCAGCGCCGCAGACGAGGAAGAUGCACUAACGCCCCUUGAAAUGCCCGACGGCAGUACCCGCUUCACGGCGAAUUGGCUGCCUGUCGAUCCGACGGGUGGAUUUACCAUUGAUUCACCUGUGUCAGCUUCUGCAUCUGCGAUGGAUUUCGGGUAUCCGUAUGGACAUGGAUACAGCCAGCAAGAUCGUGCGUACGGGUAUGGUUACGCAGAUGGAGACCUCUCGAUGGAAUUCAGCAAGGAGGCGUUUAUUCAGAUGCCUGCCCCGGCGCCGGUGUGA